AUGAUCGUGGACCUCACUAAGAUCAGGAAGACGUGGAUCCUCUUAUGUCGCUCUUUUCAGACCUUUGGACGACCUUCAGUCUCGGUUCAUCUUAUUUUGUGGAGUACUAUUUGCAAUUGCUGCUGGGGCACGUCAUUAUAUCUUCAUUAUCUGUGUAGUUCUAGUCAGACGAAACUUUUCGGUAUCACAGCUCUUCCUAUAAUCGGUAUCAUAUUUGCACGCAUUAUUGAUGUCUAUCCGCCUUCCGGGGAGGAAGUUAUUUCCCGAGUCUAUCAAUUGGUUGCUGUUGCGUGCGCUUAUUUUAUAGUAACAUGGGGCUGGGCAUUUUGCUGGGGAAUCGUUGGCGAUAGAGUAUCGCGAGGUUUAUGGAUACAGAUGGUCGACAGAGCUCUGGGACUUGAUCAGACAUGUUAUGAGACUCAAUGUCCAGAUAUCACCAGUCGUCUGACUGCAGACGCACAAACAGUCCAAGCUGGUACAGCUGAGAAAGUGGGCCUAUUUCUGCAAUCUUGCAGUUAUUUUGUUAAAGCAUUUAUUUUAGGGUUUGUUUUCAACGCUCGUCUCACUGGAGCUCUUUUUGCUGCGGUAAUUUCCUCUAUGACACUGGUUGUUGUCGUUGGUACCUCCACAUUGAAUAAAUACGCCAAGGCUGCAGCAAAGAGUAAUACAAUCGCAAAUUCAAUCGCUAAAGGGGCUAUGAAGGCAGUACAAGUGGCUCAAGCUUUUGAUGCUUUUGAUGCUUUAACAGAUUCUCAUCACAACAAUCUAAUUCUUGCAAUGAGAUACGAUGCAAAAGAAGGUGUGACGGGUGCACUGAUGCUUGGCACAAAUGCUGUGGCAUUUUGGCAAGGCUCUAAGAUGAUCAACUCUGGCUCGUCUAGCAGUGCAGGAACUGUAUAUGCCAUUGUCUUUCUAAUACUUGACGCUUCAUUUGUGAUCGGAGCAGCAGGCCCAUUCGUUCAAUCCUUUGCAAAUGUCGCUUCUGCUAGGCAGCGAAUAUUUGAUCUUAUAGAUUAUCCCAACAUACCAAUUAAUGUGUACUCCGAGGAGGGAAUUAGUUAUGACAGCGAGACACUGGAUACAGGAGGAAGCAUUACGUUUAAAGAUGUCGGCUUUUAUUAUCCAACACGCCCACUCGACACUGGUUUGGAUUCAGUCAAUUUUGAAAUCAGAACUGGAACCUCUGUAGGCAUUGUAGGCGUAUUUGGAAGUGGCAAAUCAACUAUCACUUCGCUUCUCUUCAGAAUUUAUGACCUUUCACGAGGCUCUGUUCGAGUUAACGGCCAUACAAUACCUGAAUACAAUUUGGCUAGUCUCCGCGAGAAGAUGGCCUUGGUUGAUCAAGAUCCAGCAGUCUUUUCGGGAACUAUUUACUAUAAUAUCAGAUAUGGCUACAAAGCUUCUGAUGCCUCGCAAUUCAUUGAAUUGCUACCAGAUGGAUUGGAUACUUGGCUUGGUGAGCUAUCUGGUACGAGGCUCUCUGGAGGCCAGAAACAGCGACUAUGCCUUGCUAGGGCCUUAGUUGGUGACCCUCCUCUAUUAAUAUUAGAUGAAACUACUAAUGCACUUAAUACAAUCAGCGAAGCGGCUAUCUUGAGCUCUCUUGCAAUAGCAAGAUCUUCGAGUAAGCGAACUACCGUGGUCGCGCAUCGUCUUGCAUCAGUGAGGGCUGCGGAUAAUAUCAUCGUUAUGGCCCAAAGACUAAAUUCUUCUCACAAAAGCCAACAAGUUGAAUCCCUUAAAUUUUCAUCCAUCGAAAAACUAUCCACCCCAUCUGACGAGUUUUCUGAUUAUGAGAAUAAAUCUAUACAAGACUCGCCUAAAGAAGGUGGUUCUGAACUCUCGAGAUCUUUCGGAACUUUUGCAAUAAUUCGGCGCUGUUUUGCUUUAACGAAAUCUGAAAUUCUGUUUGCUUUAUUUGCAUUCGUGGCUUGUGCUGCAACGGGAGGUUUGGUCAUUGGCGCAUUUAUCGUUUUCGGUAACUUAGUGUCUUUAGUCAAUGGCCCUGUCUCAUCUUCUCGAGUAGAUUUUUUCUGUCUAAUGUUCUUCGUUGUUGCGAUCGUUGCACCUCUUGGUUAUACAACUUCUAGGUCCUGCUUUGGAAUUGUUUCCGAAACUUCGAUCAUGAGAACCCAAGAUUUAUCCUUCCGAACAAUAUUGAGACAAGAUAUGAAAUGGUUUUUGAAGCCAGCAUAUGUCGACGCUUCCGCAUUCGUAACUGAGGCUUGUGGAGCAAUCCGCACCAUUUCUGCACUUGGAAUAGAACGAGAAACUUCAUCAAAGUUCAAAGUCGCAGUCAAUAAGCAUCAAAAGCAGACUUCUAGGAACACGGCGCUUAGCAAUAUACUUCUUGCUCUCACGCUAGCAAUCACAUAUUUCAUAUAUUCUCUUGCUUAUUGGUGGGGAGCCAAGCCAGAGAAAGAGGGAUAUUAUUCAUCUCGCCAAUUUUUAAUUGUUCUCCCCGCUAAAUUGUAUUCUAAAUUGUACUCGGCUCAAGCCGCAGGACAACUAUUCAGUCUAGCGCCGGAUAUUAGAAGGGCAAAGGGCGCCGCAUCUCGAGUCUUUAAUAAAAAACUAACUAUUGACCUAACUAACAAUUUGAACCCUGCGACUUCUUCUCCGGAUAGGAUCUCAAAUGACAUUUCUCCAAUUCCUUCUGGUGCAAUCGAGUUUAGAAAUGUUGGUCUCGCCUAA